GAACCAGCCAUACCGUUAUUGUUUCUUCGAUUCUUCCCUUCGAGAUCGAGAGAGAGAAAAAUGGGAGCGCUGACCACCUCAGUAAUUGCCAUUGUAGGACUCGUUCUGGGAUGGAUUACGAUCGAGGUUGCUUGCAAGCCCUGCCUCGAUAAAGGAAGAGAGGCCAUUGACCGUUCUCUAGAUCCCGAUUACGAUCCUGAUGAUGCUGUUAAUACUGCUCCUGAUAAUGGUAACUCCACAACCUCCUCAAUUCGUACCCCUUUAAUUCCUGAUCAAAAUUCGGAUGCUGUUGCUGCUGCUGCACCUUCCACCACUAAGGUUGUCUGAUCUACCUGCAGAACUGCAUUACUAUGAUUAGGGCACAAGUAUAUUUCCCAUCAUCCAACAAUUUCUACUUUCCUUCUCUUUUCUUUUUUUUUUCUUCUGUAACGCUGAAGCUGAAUAUAAUGAUGUUAUUGUUUUGAUUUCUAAUGAGUGUUGUAUGUGCCCAACAAAUUUCAACGGUUUCUUCUUUAUGUCUCUUGGAAUGCUCUUGUGAGAUGGAAAUGCAAUUUGUAUCUUUAUGGCUUUAAUAUAUAAUGUAUUUGAAUAUAAAUAGGUCUGCUAUUA